UCUUCCCCCCUUACGGUUAACAUGACGUCACCACCCCGCCGGCGUGACGUCACGUAAUUUCGGGCCGCCAAGCUUCCCUCGCGAAGUUACGCACCGCGCUCAGGGCCGCCGACUUUAGCUGCGGCCUAACACCGACCCGAAGCCUCGACGUCGCCUGGAAAGGCAGCCGGGCCGAGUGGCCGCUACUCCCGCAAGCUCGAGCCGGCCCCUCGCAGGGCCUCCUCCCCCGCCGCGGGACUCCAGGCGACAAUGUAUUGCCUGCAGUGGCUGCUGCCCGUGCUGCUCAUCCCGAGGCCCCUGAACCCGGCGCUGUGGUUCAGCCACUCGAUGUUCAUGGGCUUCUACCUGUUGAGCUUCUUCCUGGAGCGCAAGCCGUGCACGAUCUGCGCCCUCGUAUUCCUGGUGGCGCUCUUCCUACUCUGCUACAGCUGCUGGGGCAGCUGCUUCCUCGCCCUGUGCGGGGACUCGGCGCUGCCGGGAGGCGCGCCCGACCCGGCCGUGGUGAGCACCUGGCUGAACAGAUAAAGCGGCGGCGGAGGAGGAUGGACGAGGAGGAGGAGGAGGAAGAGCGGACGGUCCCGACCGGCGCUUUCCUUCCCUCGCGUCGUUGGUUCGCUGCCGCUGCUUUCGUAUGGCCUUUGAAGAGCAACAGUUCGGGGUUUAGUUGUGAUUUGGCCAUUUAAUUGCCGUGUUUGAAAGUUGGUGCAUUGCAGACACACAUUCACCCCACCGCCUUCACUUGCAUGUAUUGGGCAGUGCGCCGUAUUGCCCAUAGCUUGGAGUUCGUAGCCACACAUUAGAGAGGAGAAUCUCUGAUUGAUUCUAUUGUGCGUUGGCUAGCCGCAUCUCCUGGUUUGCGCGGAUUCGGCGAAGCGUUGAUUGUUUCUGUAGAAGAUCGAUGGCAGGCAGUGUGGCGGGCGUGCCCGCUCACGAGAUAUCCGUUGAGCGCACUGUUGUGGGUGUUUGGGGGCAUUUCGCGAUUACUUUUCUCUUAAGUGGAGUGCCGUUGUAGUCGCUUUCGAACCUAACAUGAGUCCCCCAGCCUUCGUUACUCUGAACGCACCACGCUGGGCACCGGGGUCGGCGAUAGCGGAGGGUGGGGAGGUGCUGGGACGGGUCCCGCACCACGAAAUGUCCCUUUGGUCCAACCCAAGUUGACUCUCAUUAGCGGUGCGAGAAUCACUCUCACGAUGGGUCCCCCACAACAGCCCUACUGCCCCCACACUACGCCCGACAAACUCAUCGGACCCUUCCCGUGCAGCGUGUGCGCCACCAACGCCUGGCGACGGUGGCCAUGCACGUGGCCUGAAAUCCGGCGCUGUGGAGGGGAGAGUGCAGGGUCUUCACCCUGGUUUGUUUUAAGAAAAGGCAGUACAGCAAGCCGACUAAUCGGCCUCUGUUUUUCCAUCUCUCCGGGGAAAGUGUUUCCCCUCCCCCUUGUGCCGCGUGGGGUUUCUCUGGGUGCUCCGAUUUCCUCCCAAUUGUAUAAACAGUCAUCGUUACAGUAAUUAGCUCAACACAUCUUAAAAUUUAAAAAAACAAUGUAGCAGGACCCUGCUUACAAAGAGUCUUGACAGCUUGGUGUGGGUCUCCUGGAUAGAUAAAUAAGUAAAACUUAAUGAGGAAAAGUGUACAAAUCGACAGGGCGUUUUGUGGUGGAUUCAAGGUUUGGGAAACAUCAUGGAUCCACAUCACUCGUUUUGUAGAAGCGGUUGGAGAUGUUUGGCUCCGAAUUAACAGGCUGGCUAGACUUUACCUGAGCUUGCGAGUUGGGUAUUUCUAAUGGUCAAAUUUGCAAACGUAAUUCCUCCCGUGUGAAAUGAUCUUCCCUGCUUUUCUUGGUGAGGUCUCCCGUCCAUUUACGAAGGCAGACUUUGUAAACGGAGGGAGAUCAUGGUUCAACAAAAAUAUCACCACAAACCACUAAAGGAAAAGAAGUACGUUUUUACAAAGGCCUUCAACUUACAUCUUAGUUGCAGUGUGUGGCAUCGUACGUGUGUUUACCUUGCGAUGACAUCGACUCGCCCACACGAGCGAUAAGGACUGUGGCGUCGUGGGACUUACAAGAUGACCGUAUCGGAAGGCCAUCCUGCAGUGGAUAAAACUCAAGACACACGACGUGUGGACAAUUUUAAAGCACAGCGCCGCACAGCGACGACUCGUGGGAUGUGUGCACUGCGACGCAAGGAUCGGAUCGGACGUUUGUCUCGUUUCCUUCUCGACGCAUCGCAACCAUCCUUUGCCCGCCGUGGGCCGGUCUGCGAGCCGUCUUGCAUGGAGUGCGCCCUAAUGGCGCGGGGUUGUGGUGCUGUUUGAAGUGAGCGUAUCUUUUAAUUUUUUUAAAUCGUGUAUCGCCUCGUCAAGGGUGGAGGGGCAAGUCGUUUAAAAGCGCAAAUUUUUUUAGUCUUGUAGGCACGUAUCCCCAAGGCUGUGUUAUCCUGCGCUUGCCAAUGCACGAGUUUGAAUUCUUUAUUUCAUCAACACGAGUGAAAUGAGCUUGCAACGAUACGCGUCUGCGUGGCGAUCCAGUCGCGUCGCAUUGCGUCGCAAUCCAACUUGGUGAUGUGACUGCAUCGCUCUGACAGACGGCAGCCCCUUUUGCCGCCAGCUCACUCUUUUAAUCGACAAAAUGUAGGAGCGAGGUAGCUCUGGGUUUUAAGGUGCCGAGGCAGCGCCACUCAUUCGGGGUUCUCGUCCAGAUUCAGCUGCCCGUCGUUACACCGGGCUCUGAAGUGUCCGCCAAUCCAUGGUCUCAACCUUGUCCCGUUAUCAGUUAAUUUCACUGAUUCCUAGCUCUGAUUUUAAAAUAUUGGUCUGAUCGACCUGCAUCAAGCACUGUGUGCGAGGCAUAUACAACGAGUGCCCGGAGUGUGGGUCUGUGACUUCAGGAGUAGUUCUGUUGCAUCUGCUUCCGGUGGCUGCUCCCUGACAGGGUGAUGUACCGCUAGCUGUAUAGUUUUGAAUAAAGAUGGCUGUAUCAUGAUAAUCAUAGCACAAGUAAUAAUAAUUGGGAUAAAGCGUAAAGCGUGUAAUAAAUUCAACUUUAAACUCGUGUUGGACAAAACAGGUCUAGGCAUAAGAGCAGUUCGUUGACUUGGGUUUUUUCUUUUAAAGAAAUCGUUCAAUAAUUAAAAUGUUUCCCCAGUUUCUCCUCGUAAAGAUGCGCAAAUGUUUAUCAAUGGCAAGCGAGCUUUGGCCACACUUGUGAGUUUAAACCCCACACAUUGAGCUACUCUUCCGCUCCUCCCCGCGCACCUUCACAUCAUGUUGAAGGUAUCUUGCUCCGGCAGCUGGAGAAGCCGUGUGAAGCCAUGACAUACAACGCGUACAGAUCCACAGGCACGUCUUAAUCGCGCGCCGAUUCAAUGCGGCGUUUCGUGAGAUUUAAAGAGUCGAUGUUUAUGGAAUAAUCAUCGACUCUCUUUUCAGUUCCGCUAAUCGGCGGAACUGAAAAAAGGGGUUUUGAGACUCGGUGGUACUCGUUGAAAUGUUAAAUGAUCCCUACGCGCCUUGAUUAUAAUUUCAAGCACAAGUUUUUGUUGAUGGUUUUGAGCCAUCGCUGCUGCCACCUUCUCACACUUGUGGAGCAGUGUCGGUGUCGUUUUUACUUUUAAAAAUAAUGCACCGAACUGAAACUCCCCGUGACACAUUUGUUUUUGCUUCCUUCAGCGCAUUACGACUAUCAGUAGCCGGCAGUAGGUGUGUCCAACAUACCACGCGUGUGUGUGAUCGCAGUGCUUGCACAAGGGGCGGGGGGGAGGCUGACACACUAAGCCUGGUGCUGCUAGCCCCCUCCUCCCCAUCUGUGGGUACGUGCGUGUCGCUACAGAUGUCAUUAUAAAACAUGUUCUCCCAGACUCCAGCCCAGCAUGAUUGGUAAAUGCGCCAACACGCGUUCACGGAGACCUUUGUUGACAUAGCCACGUAGAUUUUCGCAGCCAGUGUUAUGAUAGACACGCAAUGCUUAAUGGAUUCAUCUCAGUUGAACCCACUGUGUGCCAUUCUGUGCCAUUCUGUGAAUGUCGAGUGUAUCCGUGUGACUUACACUACGCAUGUGUGUUUGAGCAUGUUUGUGUGUGUGUGUGUUGGGGAGCUGUUGUGGGGAGCAGAAGCGCAGUGAUUAGCGCACUGCGCUACAAACCCGGCUACGCGGGUUGAAUUCCUGCUCACGACCAGUAACAGCGAAUAUUUGAACUGGUUCUGGGCCUCCACAAGUUAAUCUGUCUUAUAUUUCUUGAUUUUAAUUUCUUUUUUAUUUCCAUGGUAACAUUUCCAAUUUCAAAGUCUACAUAUGUCCUCUGAAACAAAAAUGUCGUGCGAUAUUGAAUAUUUUUGCAGUAAAUUUUCUUCGCUACGUCCGCUAUCUCAUGCUCUUGUGACAGUUGUCCUUAAAUUUACACCAGUAGGCGAGAAACCGUGAUUGUACACGUGACAAUUUAAUCUGCAUGGCUAUGCCGGGUGGUCGAGGGUCUUCCGACCGAAAGUUGGUCAGAUCGUUUGUUGCCUAACCCAAUAAUCUCAAUGAGUCUAAGACUUGUGUACAUGCCCCACGUGACCGCGGAGUCCAAGCGAUGCAAACAGAGCCGAGUCAACUCCAGAUGUCCCGAUUCGUUACUCUUCUGUGUUUGGCCCCCAUAUUGAUCUGGCCAUAUUUCCGUUGUGAGAGCCUCCACCACCCGACGCGGCCAAACGAAUGAAAUGAUCACGCGGUGUACAAAUGCUCGCACGCUUGGCCUCUUACCUCCGAUUAGCACGGUUGACUACGUACAGUGCGAGAGACGUUCAUACAUACAAACGUUAUUUUCACGCGCACGUAAUUAUUGUUUCAUCUUCACCGGUAGGUUAAAGAAUAACUGGCACAGAUCGUUAAGGUGACGUAACCCAUAAAAAAAACAAUUAUGCAUCAUAACAUCGACUGCGAAUACCUGCGUGUUGAGUCGAGAUAUCCUGUGCGUGUGUUGGUCCACGCGUGUCUCCUCCCGUAUGUGACGCUACGUGGAGGUCGUUGUUUAUUUCAACCGGUGUACCCUGGACGUCACGCGCGAUGUCUUUGCCAAUCAGCAGGCUCGUGCAGCGUGUCACGGUGGUGGCUGAUAUGCAUGUGGCCUGUAAUCUGCCACUGUGGAGGAGAGGGUUGGUGGCUCGCACGAAAUUGAAAAAGAGAAGAUGUAGGCCAUGAGCCCAGACCAGAUAUUUCACUGUUGGUACCACGUGAGGUGGUACAGCCAAUACCAGUUGCUCAUGUGAUGAUCGUUUUGAGAUCAGCAGGCUAUCAUACAUUUCGUCCCUAUUAACCAUGCAACUACAUUGGAACUAUGAGAGUUUACGAGUGUUGCCACCUUACUUCAUACCAACUUCUGCUCUGGCCCGUGGACUAAUCUGUGAGCGUAGUCGAGGCAGGCAGUGGUGGUGGUGGCGGUGGAACACGAGGACUGAAGCGGUGAGUCCGUGAGCCACGCACAACUUGGUACCAUCAAAGGUGUAGCAAAGCUUUAGCCGUACCGAUUUAUUUACAUGGCCAAUAAGAGUAAAUGCGUUGUCCUCUGCUCAUUUCAAAUUUAUAUCGCUCACUGUUAUUGGCCACAAAGUGAAAUUGUAAACCGCAUAAGUAAUGCCACCUCUGCUGUUACCUAACAAGUCAAAAAAAUUCAUAUCUCGAGUCUGAACUCUUGAGUCGGGGAAACUCCGACUGGCGUAGGCGCGCCCACACGGCGUGCCCCACGAGAAUGUGCGGCGCGGUCUCUUUUUAAACCGACGGUGAAGCUACGGCGCGAGCCCAUGGUUAGUCACUGUAAUAUCCCCCGCUGUAAUAUCCCCCGCGCAAAGAGAGUGGAAGUGGCUGGUUGCCUGCCAUAUUAUUUGCUCGCUGAAGAGUCAGGUUUGGAAUUUCAAAAUAAAGUUUCUACCGACGACA